AGAGUUCCGAGUCCCGAAUGGCUAUCGUCAGUCAAUCGUCACUGGUGUUUAUGAUACGUGUAAACGUUUAUGUAGGUUUGUAACGUGAUGCGAAUGAUGCGAUAUCGUCGUCUAUGGUAUGCGCGGAAUUUCGUUAUUCGGUCGAGUAUCUGACGACAGUUAAACGCGCUCGAGGCUCGAGGAAGAAACGAUGCUCAUACGGCAUUAAAUCGGAGUUCGUGUUGGGUGCAAAGAGCAGCAUUUUGGAAGGCUUGUCCGAAGGCGUAAGAACGAAAAAACAAAAUUGUAGGUUACGCACAUUGCUCGUACCAUGGCACAAUCGACGGCAAGCGGAACUUCCUCCCGGCGAUUCAUGCGGGAACACGAGGCACCGUCUUCGUCGCGUUAUGUGGACAGCGAAUGGGAGUCCAAAGAGGCCUUACGACAGCGGGAGCUCGAGGAAGCAAGAGCACGAGCAACACAGAUGGAAAAGACGAUGCGAUGGUGGUCUGAUUGUACUGCCAAUUGGCGCGAAAAGUGGAGCAAAGUUAGGAACGAAAGAAAUGCGGCUAGGGAUGAGGCAAAGGCUCUCAGGGCGAAAUUGGAGAUUGCUGUCAAGGAUGCUAAUACCUUCAAGCAUGAAUCACAAGAUUUGGAAUUGCAGAAUGAACAGCUGAAGAAAGAGAUGGAGAAGAUACACAUACUCUUGAAACAUGCUGGGCAGUUUGACCAACAGAUUUUUACCAUUCUAGAAUCGGAUCCACAAUUGAGAGCUGCCUUUGGUUUAGAUGAGCAGCUGGAAUUUUAUAACAGUGUCGAGGCCAACAAUACGUUGGAUGCACAAAUGGAUAUGAUGUCCUGUAAGAAUUCGCAUGAAACAUCGAACAUUGUUUCGGGAGCUCAUAGUAUCUUACCAGAAAGAGAUAUUGAGGAGUAUGUCUUGCAAGGUGCUGUGCCGAAACAUGCAGUUGAAUUGUAUAAGGAAAGUCCCAGUAACUCAUUAGAUAAAAGCAUUACGAAAUUAGUCACGGAUAACAAUGCCAAAAAGGACGAACUGGAAAAACAAUCGUCGCCGUUAGAUAUGUAUAACGAGGAGUGUCUAACCCAAAAGAUGUCAGCGUUGCAAAUCCAAUUGGAAGAGGCAACAAAAACUAUUUCUGUGGAAAGAGAGGAAAACAAUUCUUUGCAUCGAACUGUGGAGAAAUUAAAAGCUGAAGUGAAACAGUUAAGGGAGCAAUGUAAGGAAUUAUCUGAGAGUAGAGCUGACGCAAUGAGAGAAUUAUCGGAACUAAAAGAACGUUUUCAACUCGAAAUUAAUGAUGAACAUAUAGCGGAUUUAAUAGACAAUACAAGUGAUGGAGAGAGCAUGGACCACCGUUUGACAGAAUUAAGGACAGAACUAGAAAAACUUCAAGUUGAAAAUGCAAUAGAGUGGAGUAAAAGGGAGAAACUAGAAACUGAGAAGAUUUCUUUGGAACGAGAAAACAAAUUGCUCCGUUUAAAAUUAUACGAAUUACAAGAAGGAGUAGAGACGCGGCGACCACGACCGGUAUCAACAGCCGACACAGACACGAAACAAUUACAGCAUGAAAUUCUAGUUCGCAAUAUGGUGUUACUUGAAGUGAAACAAUAUCAGGCGACACUGAAACAAUCUUUGGCAGAGAAAACAACUGAGUUAUCGCACGCGAUAAGACGGUCCGAGCAAUACGAAGCGGAAGUGAAGCGAGUGAGAGCAAGAGUCGAAGAAUUGAAGAAAGAGUUGGCCAUCGCUCAAGAUGAGGUUGAUGCUGGAACAAAUACUAUGCGGAAACUACAACAAGCUAACGAGGAUCUUAUGGAACAAUUGGAAUCCGCAAACAUACAAUUGGAACAUUUCAAAAAUUGCAAUAACGAAACAUGUGAAACUUCAACGGACGCUGAAGUAGAUGGGACUGAGGAGCAAAACUUCCAAGCUAACAAUUGCAAUGAAUGCACUAAAGACGAAAUUACAGUUUGCGAUCAACAAGAAGCCUAGUAUUCGUUCGCUAACAAAUGGAGUGUUGAUAGCGAUGGAAUGUUUAAAUCAGUUAACGAAGAUGCAAAUCGAAUAGGUGCUCUUAUAAUGGGCCUAAAGUACAGAAUUUGACUUUUUUUUUUCUUUUAAAUCUUUAAUCUUUUUUUAAAUUUUUAACUGUGUUGGAACAACUGUAUGUAUAUGUCAAAUAACUCGUGAGUUAUGUAGUAGUACGCACUUAUUGCAUACUACUAAUGAAUAUUAAUAUUUCUAGAAGCAUAUAUGUAAAUAUAUGUCGCAUUUAUAUUGUUUAAUAAUGUAGCACAAUCGAUGACAUACAAUUUUAAUUAUCUAUUCACUGACAUGAAUGAUAAGUCAUCUGUAGUAUUGACUGUUUAAUAGUUAUUUACUCAAAAGAGAUUAUGCUUGUUUUUACCAUUUUUUCCUGUAAAUAAUUAUUUUCAUUCAUUCAUAUUUGUUUUUCUACUUUUAUAUUAAUUAUGAACAUACGUCUUUCCUUUUUUUAUUUUUUAUUAACGUGCAUUUUGUACACAAUUCACAUUCCGCAUUGUUUCCUUUUGUAUGUUCCUUUUUAAAAAGUAAUGUAAAGAUACUGUACAUAUAUAUAUAUAUAUACAUAUUCACGAAAUACAUGUGUAAUGAAACAUUAUGUUUCCGUCAUGUAUUUUUCGUCUCAGAAAAGACUGGCGAAAUCGAGUAGCGAAAUACAGUAUGUACAAGAUACGAUACCUGAUAUAUUUAUAACUGAACGUUUUAUGUCAAUAUCGAAAAUAUCUAUAUAAAAUAAGUUGAAGCAAUACUUUAUCUACAUACUCGCGAGUGUGCUACGUGUUGCAUAUUAAGUUGUAGAUAAAAGCAAAACAAACUUUCAUACAAUCACCUACAUCAAAUUUAAAAAAUUGUUGUUAAUUAUAUUUCUUAACUGGCGAAAGAAAAAGAUAAGAAAAAAUUUUUCUUCUAGUUAAAAUGUAUUUUAUUGACAAAACUUAAUAAAUAGCAGCGAUUGAUGUAACAUGUUCAUCCCAUGUUAUAUAGUCAAUAAGUUUGGAAGUACCUCAAUAAAGAAAUUGUAACAUUGAA